GAGCCGCUGCCGGGAAGAGGGUGUUAUGGUGUCAUGUUGCCUAGCAACCAGCAUCCUCAGCACCCUCAGCAUCCGCUCGAAUGGAGGAGGCCGCGGCCGGGGGAGAGAGCAGGCUGCCGGAGCAGAACGAGGAGCAGCAGCCCGCUGUUACAGAGGCUGGGAAUGAGUAUGAUCCGGACGAUACAAGCAAGCUCUCAUCUGAGGAGUCUCUCAGCUCCGGGACGGAGAAGUCUCCAAGUGGAUGGGGGUCCGACUGGAACUUCUGGGUCUCCAGCUCUACCUACAAGCAGAGGAGUGAGGAGUUCCGCAAACUAUUCAAAAACUUGCCAGAGUGUGAGAAGCUGAUAGUAGACUACGCCUGCGCCUUACAGAAGGACAUCCUACUUCAGGGGCGGCUGUACCUCUCCGAGAACUGGAUCUGCUUCCACAGCAACAUCUUCCGAUGGGAGACCUUGAUAUGUCUUCCUCUCCGAGAUGUCACCUCUAUGACCAAAGAGAAGACUGCCCGCCUUAUACCCAAUGCCAUCCAGAUCAGCACAGAGAGCGAGAAGCAUUUUUUCACAUCAUUCGCUGCAAGAGAUCGAAGUUUCCUCAAUAUGUUUCGGAUGUGGCAGAAUGUUCUCCUGGACAGGAGUCUGAGCAAGAAGGAGUUCUGGCAGCUGGUUCAGCAGAGCUAUGGCACCGAGCUGGGCCUGAAUAAUGAGGAAAUGGAAAGCCUAGCCAUGCCACCAGAGGACGUUGUGCCCGCCAGGGCUCCAAGCAAGUCCGGGAGUGAGGAACUGGGGGAGAAGACCCCCAGGGGAAGUUCCAUCACCCGAGAUGUCAUUUCCCAGACUGAGACGGAUUCUUUGAAUCUCCUGCAAAUGAUAUCGGGACAGAUCACGCCAGAGAAGGGGCAGGUUGAAAAGGCGGAUGAGAAAAGCCCUCUCCUCACCUCUUCCAGAAUGAACAGCCUCCGCGGUGACAUCGGGACCCCCGCCCUCAGCCUGGAUCUGAACGGGAACGAGAACCAGCACGCUGACCGAAGUAGCUGCUCGGACACUCCGGAUGAAUAUGAGAGGGUUCAUCAGGAGAAGGUGGAAGGAAGAUUAUACAUCAACCGAGUCUUUCACAUCAGCGCGGAGAAGAUGUUCCAGCUGCUCUUCACCUCGUCACGUUUCAUACAGGACUUCUUCUCCUCCAGGAAGGUGUUCGAUCUGGAAUUCUCUCCAUGGCAGCUGACGGACGGCGGCAACCAGACCAGGACGCUGACCUACACGAUAACCAUCAAUAACCCGCUGAUCGGGAAGUUCACGUCUGCCACAGACAACCAGACGUGGUACAAAGACGGCCAGGACAAGCAGUUUUACACGGUGGACACGGAGGUCUUCACACAUGACGUUCCGUAUCACGAUUACUUCUACACGCUGAACAAGUACUGUAUUACCCGGACUUCAAAGAGCAAGUGUAGACUGCGCGUCUCCUCCGAUGUGAAGUACCGGAAGCAGCCCUGGGGUCUGAUCAAGACGUUCAUUGAGAGGAACUCGUGGAGCGGGCUGGAGGAUUACUUUAAGCAGUUAGAGUCUGAUCUUCAGGCUGAGGAAACCACAGCGGGUUCCUUACAGGAGAAUAACAAACCGGGCGGCCUCAGGCGGAGGAGGCGGCAGCACAGCCGCAGUACCGGAGAGCACCUGAGCAAACACGGCACAUUGCAUGAUCCCGGAGACACGGGACUGGAUAUGCGACAGGAACACGCAGGAAAAAGAAGAGACGCUGGAAGGAGAAACUCGUUAAUUAUAACCGUAAUGAGCGUAUUGCUGAUCCUGCUGGUCCUGAUGAACAUCACUCUGUUUGUCAAGCUGUCAAAGAUCGAGCAUGCAGCACAGUCCUUCUACCAUAUCCACAGUCCAGGAGACGGGACUAACAGGUUACACUCCAGCCGCGCGGCACGGAGUAAUAAGGGCCCAGGACCUAGACUGAAAGGCGUGCUGCAGGACUCCAUCACUACGCUAGAACAGCUGAAAAGCUCCCUCCUCAUCCUCCAGAAGAGCUUCGAACUCAUGAACAAAUCCAGGGGAGAAGGGGCUUCUGGAAGUUAGCACUGCACACCUUGCGCAGGGGGCGGUGGCUGUCUUAGGAGCGACCACAGGUGACCGAAAGCCUAACCUUUGGCGACAUUGCGACUGUACCUACCUGGCCGUCCAGAGGACCUUUUACUAAACCACAGCAAGGAAAGUUCCGGAGUUUACAGCGCAGUGGGCGGGUGUUUCCUGCGACGCUGCUAGCUUUGUGUCUCCAUUUUCAGCCUGUAACUUAUUUCAGAUUGAAUGUUUUGUGUUUGUUUUGUAUAAUCACUUUGUGUAACUCCCUCAGAUGUCUGUGAGUUAGGAGCUCAGGUUUUACGCCAGUCUAUGCCUUCAUUUUAAUAAAUUAGCGGCUCGUGUUCCCCUUCCCUGAAGGCGGAGGUGGGAGCGGUUUGCCGCGUAAUCUCAGGGUAAUACGUUGGUACCACAAAUUGUCUGUAUGCAGGAAGUUUACCUUUUUAUUCGGAUAGAAUCAGACCUCUUGGAAAAAUAUGUAUAUAUGGCAUUUUGUUCUGACUAAGUCUAUGUGUUAUUUAAAUUAAAUUAAAGAACACCUAUUUUGUAUAGAA